AUGGCAGCAAACGAUUCGACCUCUUCACUGAGCAUGUCGACAACACACAUAGUGAGCCUGCUACAAUGGCGACGGGAACAGACCCGGCAACACGAUUACGAUCCGACCUCUUCACUGAGCAUGUCGACAACACACAUAGUGAGCCUGCUACCAAAUGGCAUUCACCACAUUCAAAUUCUUAUCACCUACCUUCCUACCAAACCCUACGAAUCGACAAGGAGAUGGAACGGAGGAUGGAUUCUUGAUGGCAAGAGCAUGGGAGACACAGGGCAAAUCUACAGUGAAGCUCCCAGGCCAGGCUGCCAAAAGGUGUUAGAGGUGAAUACAUGCGUUGGAUUUUCUUCAAUUCUAUCGAAGGACUAUGGCAAGAAGACUAAGCAAGGAGAAGAACUCGGAGAAUCUUGCUGGCACGCAGGCAAGAUGUGGCCAAUAUCUUCAGGAUCUCUGAAGGACAUGGCAGGCAUGGAUGGCACAGUCAAGACCAGCAUGCGAUCCGGCAAUACCGCUACACCUCGGCAAAUCUUCUCCAGUCAAGGCCUGCAGGGACUAUGGAUGUUUGGAGACACAGGGCAAGCAAUGGGCGUGCAUCUCCGGUCUACCAGCCAUGGGGGCCAUGGCUAUUGA